AAUGCGCGCAAGUCAACAGGUCUAUACAGCACUGAAAUUAAAUUGUUCUAAUUGAUGACAUAUUGCGAGCAAAGCGCCUUUGCUUGUUUCUUUUCCGUUUAAAUUGGUUGAGGUAAUCGUCAUCUGAGUUGGUUCGUGAAUUAUUUCGCCAAUCCUCGAUUUGUGUGGCUGCUGGUGUUGGUUUUGUGAUGAUAGAUGAUUUAUUGCUAAAAAGAAAAUGAGUUUGCUAGCGACCUUUGAGACAAUCUCAAAGAACUUCAAGUUAAAACCUCAGGCAUACAUUAUAGACAACUGGAUCUUUAGGCUGCACUACAAAGCUUCAGUUCUAAUUUUUCUAGUCAGCAGUCUUUUGGUAUGUUCCAGACAGUAUAUUGGGGAGCACAUACGCUGCAUUGCGGAUGGAGGUGUACCUGAACAUGUCAUGAACACGUUCUGUUUCUUUACUUCGACAUUUACAGUGCCUUGGGUCAAUAUUACUGAGGAUCUGUUAUCGAAAACAACUGACAUCAAACAUCUGGAUGCAUCCUUACUGGAUUCGGGUAAUUUGGCACAUCCAGGUGUCGGUCCCUAUGGUAUGAAUUCAACCGAUCCCAUAAAGAAACAUGCGUACUACCAAUGGGUGCCAUUUGUUCUAUUUGGACAAGCGAUUAUGUUCUACAUUACCCAUAUGCUUUGGAAAAAACUGGAAGGGGGAAGGUUGAGGUACUUAGUGGAUGGACUUAAAUUGGCAGCUUUUUCAUUAGCAGAGGAAGAAAUCACUGUGCGAAAUGACAAAAUUCCAUCACGUAAAGACAAGGAGGAAAAUAUUAGGGUGAUCAGAGAAGCCUUCCUAACAAGGGUUUACAUCAACAAAUCCUGGUCCAUCAAACUGAUUUUCUGCGAAGUGCUAAAUCUCCUUCAUAUUAUCCUACAGAUUUACAUCACUAAUAAGUUCCUGCAGGGGAAUUUUAACAAUUUAGGGGUGGAAAUUAUGAAUGAUGGCUUAGAAUCCAACGUAGACAUUCUCGAUGAAGUAUUUCCCAAGGUGACCAAAUGCACGUUCUACAAAUAUGGUCCAUCAGGGUCGCUCCAGUUGCACGACGCGAUGUGUGUCAUGGCUCUCAACGUCAUCAACGAAAAGAUUUACACUUACCUGUGGUUCUGGUUCGUUUUCUUGUUCAUCUGCACAGCGCUCGGGCUGGUUUGGAGGAUCCUGACUCUAUUCCUUCACUCUAACAGCAAGAGGUUCAACCAGAUGGUAUUCGCAAAUACUUGCCCUGGUAAGCUGAAUCCUUGGAACGUGCUGACGGUCUCGAAACGUUGUAACUAUACCGAUUGGCUGUUCUUGAACUACCUGUCGAAGAAUAUCGACGGGAUGGUGUUCAGGGAGAUUUUCAUCGGUUUGGCGGAGGAGCUCGAGGAAAAGGAAUCGUCGAAGGAGGCUCUAAUCAUGAGCGAAGAAGGCAGCAAAUACGAUUAAUAAUGGUAUCAUCACUUUCAACGAAUAAAAUUUUAAGAUGGUACUAUCUGUUUUUAUAUAACGCAAGUGAAAGACAAUUGAAAUUUUGAGAAAAUUCCCAUUAUGUAUCAUAAAAUAAACAUUAAAUAAAAUUACUAAUUAAACUUUUUAAUCUAAGUAUUAUUUGUGUUCAAUAACGUUCAUUUUGUUAUGGAUAUUUUAAAAACUAAAUAAAACGAUUGUUUAUAUAAAACAUGUUUUUAUAAAAAUCAAAUGUGUACUUUUAAAAUUGUUAAAAAUUACCUUAUAGGUUGACCAUUUUUCAGUAUAAAUAGUUUUUAAGUAUAUGUACCCCAUUUUAUAGAUCUGUAUUUUUAAGUAUAAGUUUUUGACAUACUAUGUUCAAAAUAAUAUUUUAUUAAGUACUGUAUUAUAAAUGUAGUACGAAUGAAUUUUGUACU